AUGAGGUUUGGUCUGAAAGCCGGCGGCCUGCUUUGGCUUGCUGCGUCGCUUUGCGGUACGCAGAGCGCUUUGGCUCAAGAUGUUGACUGGCCGAUUCAUGACAAUGGUCUCAACGAAGUCGUCCAAUGGGAUCACCACAGCUACAUUGUGAACGGAGAGAGACUUUUCGUCUUCUCUGGCGAAUUUCACUAUUGGCGUAUUCCUGUUCCUGAACUUUGGCGGGAUCUCCUCGAAAAGGUCAAGGCGGCUGGUUUCAAUGCUUUUUCAAUCUACAACCACUGGGGCUACCACAACCCCACGCCCGGUGUGUUGGACUUUGACAAUGGGGCCCACAACUUUACCUCUAUCAUGACCGUGGCGAAGGAACUUGGCAUCUACCUCAUCAUCAGACCUGGACCCUACGUCAACGCGGAGACCAACGCCGGUGGCUUCCCUCUCUGGGCCACUACUGGCGCCUAUGGUUCUCUGAGGAACGACGACGAGAGAUACACUGCGGCAUGGACCCCCUUCUGGUCGGAGAUUUCCAAGAUCAUUAAGCCCCAUCUCAUUACGAAUGGCGGAAACGUCAUUCUGUUCCAGAUCGAGAACGAGCUCAGCGGACAGUGGAAGAACAUUCCCAACAGAGUCUUGAACCCGCCCAUCGCCAACUAUAUGCAGCUUCUCCAGGACAGCGCCCGGGAGAAUGGAAUCGACGUACCUCUCUCUCACAACGCUCCCAACAUGGGCGGCUUUUCCUGGUCCAAAGACUUUUCCAAUGCUACUGGAAAUGUCGAUGUCGUCGGUGUCGACAGCUACCCUUCGUGCUGGAGCUGCAACUUGAGCGAGUGCACUGGCACGAACGGAGCCUAUAUCCCUUACCUGACUCAAGAUUAUUACUCCUACUUCACCAUUCAGUCGCCUUCGCAACCCAAUUUUCUCCCAGAGUUCCAGGGUGGUUCUUAUAACCCCUGGGGUGGACCCGAGGGUGGCUGCCCCAGCGACAUUGGCGCCGACUUUGCCAACAUCUUCUAUCGCGAUCUCAUUUACCAGAGAGUCACCGCCAUCUCCCUUUAUAUGAUGUUUGGCGGAACCAACUGGGGUUGGCUUGCUUGUCCCGUCGUUGCUUCGAGUUACGACUACUCCUCUCCGGUGUCUGAGAACAGAAUCAUUGGCAGCAAGUUCCACGAGACGAAGCUUCUGACGCUGUUCACUAGAGUGGCCAAGGAUUUGACAAAGACUGAGAGAGUUGGAAACGGUACCGGCUACACCACCAACUCGGCCAUUACCGUGUCUGAGCUCCGAAAUGUCGACAACAACGCAGCUUUCUACGUUGCCCGUCACGCCUACUCCCCUUCCAACACCAACGAGGCUUUCAAGCUCUCUGUGAACACCUCCCAGGGUGCCCUCACCAUCCCUCAGCAUGGCAGCUCGAUCGCGCUCAACGGCCACCAAGCCAAGGUCCUCGUCACCGACUUCAGGUUUGGUAACAAGACGCUCCUCUACUCCACCGCCGAGGUUCUCACCUACACCAUCAUUGAUGGCCAAGAAAUCAUUGCCCUUUGGCUUCCCGAGGGCGAGGCCGGCGAAUUCACAGUCACUGGUGUCAACUCUGCCAAGUUGGUAGGAGAGGGCAACGUGGGCGACUUCAACGUUUACCCCGGCAAGAGCAACGUUACAAUCGCAUACACUCAGAAGAAGGGUAUCACUCUCAUCAAUCUUGGAGAUGGGUCCCGCGCUGUUCUUCUCGACCGCAGCGCCGCGUACCUCUUCUGGGUUCCGACGCUUGACAACGACCCCUUUGCGCCCGCCAACAAGACUGUAUUUGUUCAGGGACCUUACCUCGUUCGCCACGCUGCAUUCAACGAGACGGGCCGCAGCCUGGCGCUCUUCGGAGAUGCCGACCAGGAGACCAUCAUCACAGUCUUUGCCUCCGAGUCUACCUGUGGUAUCACCUGGAACGGCAAGAAACUCGGGCUCCUUUCGAGAGAAGGCAACGUUUUCACCGCCAAGAUCGAAGGCCCUACCAAGUUUGACGUCCCCGCGCUAGGUCCCUGGAAGGUUCACGACAGCUUGCCUGAAAUUGCUACUGAUUACGAGGCCACAUCUGAUAGUUGGGUUGCGGCCACCAAAGCCAACACCUCAAACACCGUCAAGCCCGCUUCCAACAAUCCCGUCCUCUACGUGGACGAGUACGACAUCCACGUCGGAAACCACAUUUACCGCGCAACCUUCUCGACCUCCGAGACCGCCCCGACUGGCGUCUUCCUCAACGUCACCGGCGGUCUGGCCUUUGGCUACUCCGUCUGGCUGAACUCGGCCUACGUCGGCUCGUACCUCGGUCUCUCCUACCUCGGAGCGGACGCUCGAGAAUUCUCCUUUGAGAACGCCACCCUCGCCAAGACGGGAGACAACGUCCUGGUCGUCAUCAUGGACAAUUCAGGCCACGACCUGCGCGAAGCCGCCCUCGCCCCCCGCGGCAUCACCAACGCGACCCUCCUCGGCCCCGACGCCCAGAACUACAAGUUCUCCGAGUGGAAGAUCGCCGGCACCGCCGGCCGCAACAACCUCAUUGACCCCGUCCGAGGCCCCAUCAACGAAGGCGGCCUGUACGCCGAGCGCGUCGGCGCCCACCUCCCCGGCUACCCCGACGCGGACUGGGCGUCCUUUGACUCCGCCAACGGGUCCCUUUCCGUCCCGGACGCCGGCAUCCGCAUCUUCCGCACCGUCGUCCCGCUCGACGUCCCCGCGGGUCUCGACGUCUCCAUCUCCUUCCGCCUCACCGCCGCGCCUGACGACACGAACCGCCUCCGCGCCCUUCUCUUCGUGAACGGAUACCAGUACGGCCGCUUCAACCCUUACAUUGGCAACCAGGUUCAGUUCCCUGUCCCGACCGGUAUUCUCAACUACAAUGGGGACAACACCAUUGCUGUCACGGUGUGGAGUCAGGCGGCGGAGGGUGUGGCGCUGAAUGUCGAGUGGCAGGCGGAUUACGUCCAUACCUCGAGCUUCGAUAUGGGCUUCGACAGCAAGGCUUUGCGGCCUGACUGGGAUGAGAGUCGUUUGAAGUUUGCUUAG